UGACGAACCUCUUCUAACUUUAACCGUCUACGUGUACCAACCAAACCUAUGUCACACUUGAGAUUAGAAAUUUCCAGCGGGCCUCUUCUAGAUUUGCUAUGAAUCGUGUGUGCCUUAUCAAUAAAACCCGAUAACAGCCAAGCGCUUACGAUCGAUAAGUCAUACAUAUUAUUGUCGCUUCCAUUCGAUUCGUUCAGUACAGCAGGGGAACUUGUGCGAAAACAAAACCGGUAAAAAAGCAUCAUGAAAUAUUGGACAAUUUUGAUGGCCGUUUUGGUCCUUAGCGGAGGAGCUAUAGCCAGCUGCCCCUGUCCCCGGAACUACAUGCCCGUUUGUGGAACCGACAUGGAGACCUACAGCAACGAAUGCGUUUUGAAGUGCGCCGCAGCAUCAACCAAGGGCAGAUCAAUCGGACUGGCGAAACUGAGCAACGGCGAAUGCGACACCCUGGCAGUGAAUUUAAGUAUCAUGAAGCGUUUGGCCGUUUUAGUUGUCAUUUUUAUUCUUGGAGUAGCUCUUGCCACUGAUACUGACCCCUGUGAAUGCGAUAGAGAUCCGAAUCCCGUUUGUGGAAGUGACGGUAAUACUUACGACAACGAGUGCCUUUUGAACUGCCGUAUCGCAACUUCAGGGGAUUCCAGUUUGGUGAAAGUAAAGGACGGCUAUUGCUGAAUGUAGUUGCUGGGGUUCUGUAUUGAAUGAAGCUGUAUGAAUUGUUUCGUCAUAGUAGAAAUGCAAUAGAAACAAACUAAAAACGGCUAUUACUUCAAAAUGAAUUUUCCUGUAAAUGCAAAAUGCCUCUGAUUCAAUUUACAAGCAAAACGUGACAUCCUCUAUUGAAAGAAAAAUCAAUAUAUUUAUGUAUAAACAAAUUGAUGAAAUUGGCAUUGCACAGAUGUCCCUAAAAAUUCAAAAAUGACAAAAAUGACAAAAAUGACAAAAAUGCAGGGCUGGUAGCGAGUCACUUUUUAGUGACUUGGUCACUUUUUUUGGGUAAGUCACUAAAAAGUCACUUUUUUCAUCAGCACAACUAAAUGUGUUCGGCCGAAUUUGACAAAAUUUCUAGUUUAGGACACUAUUUA